AUGUGCGGCAUCUUCGCUUGCCACAACCACCCGGAUGUGGCCAAAUUCAAGCCGACGGCCCUGAAGCUUUCCAAGGCUAUUCGGCAUCGGGGUCCCGAUUGGAGCGGCAGUGUCACCUGCCACAACACGAUCUUGUGCCACGAGCGGCUCAGCAUUGUCGGCGUUGCAGAAAGCGGAGCGCAGCCACUUACCAAUGCCGAUGAAAGCAUUGUACUCGCCGUCAAUGGCGAGAUCUACAACCACCGUCUGAUUCGCAGAAGCCUGAAGGAGCCCUACCACUUCAAGACCGCAUCGGACUGCGAGGUCAUCAUCCCUCUGUACAUGGAAUAUGGUCUCGAGGCCCCCGUACACCUGGACGGCAUGUUCUCUUUCGUUCUUUACGACAAGCAGCUGGACCGCACCAUUGCCGCCCGCGACCCCAUCGGUAUCACCACUCUUUACCAGGGCUGGUCGUCCUCGCAGCCCGGUACCGUCUACUUCGCUUCCGAGCUCAAGUCCUUGCACCCCGUGUGCGACAAGAUCGAGUCAUUCCCGCCCGGCCACAUCUACGAUAGCUCGACUGGAAAGCGGACCCGGUAUUUCCAGCCGGCGUGGUGGGAUGGCACGAAGGCCCCGGAGACCCCGCUCGACCUGAAGUUGUUGCGUCAGACACUCGAGAAGUCAGUGAGGAAGCGCCUCAUGGCUGAGGUUCCCUAUGGCGUUCUGUUGUCAGGUGGGCUAGAUUCCAGCCUGGUCGCGUCGAUUGCGCAGCGGGAAACACUGCGGCUCAGGAAGCUGGCCGAGGAAGCCAAGGAUAGCUCCGAACAACCGGCCGACGCGGACCGAGGCGAGGGGCUCGUUGGUAUUGACGACGACAACAAACUGUCGACCAUGACUUUCCUUCCGCAACUCAACUCAUUCUCCAUCGGCCUGCCCGGGUCGCCUGACAACAAGGCCGCGCUUGAGGUGGCCAAGUUCCUCGGCACCAAGCACCACGUUAUGACCUUCACCAUCGACGACGGCCUUAACGCCCUGUCAGACGUCAUCUACCACCUCGAGACGUACGACGUCACCACGAUCCGCGCCUCGACGCCUAUGUACUUGCUUUCGCGCAAGAUCAAGGCCAUGGGAAUCAAGAUGGUGCUCAGUGGCGAGGGCUCCGACGAAAUCUUUGGCGGUUACCUCUAUUUCCACGGCGCCCCUGACAAGGCGGCGUUCCACGAGGAGUGUGUCCGUCGUGUCAAGAACCUGCACUUGGCUGACUGCCUGCGUGCCAACAAGUCGACCUCGGCCUGGGGUCUCGAAGCGCGCGUGCCGUUCUUGGACAAGGAGUUCCUCGAAGUCUCGAUGGACAUCGACCCCAAGGAAAAAAUGAUCACGGACGAGAAGCUCGAGAAGUACAUCCUCCGUAAGGCCUUCGACACCACAGACGAGCCCGAGACGGAGCCGUACCUCCCUGAGAAGAUCCUCUGGCGCCAGAAGGAGCAGUUCUCAGAUGGUGUCGGCUACGGGUGGAUUGACGCCCUCAAGGACCACGCUGAGCUCAACGUCACCGACGAGAUGAUGAAGAACCCCAAGCCCGAGUGGGGUUCUGAUAUCCCAGAUACUAAGGAGGCUUACUGGUACCGCACUAUGUUCGACGAGCACUUCCCGCCGUCGUGCGCCUCGACGGUCAUGCGGUGGACCCCCAAGUGGUCUAAACAGACCGACCCUAGUGGCAGGGAUUUCUACCACCUGUCCGCCGGCACCGUCGAGGUCAAGAGCAACACGCCCAACAAUGUUGCCUUCAAGGUCACUGGCAAGAGCAGCCACGACAACGCCACUAGCGGCGCGACCUGGAACACCGCCAACACCCUCGAGACCAAGGUCGAGAUGUCGGACAACCUGGCCAAGGGGCUGAAGGCUGAGGGUAUCUUUGCCUUCCUCCCCGCUACCCAGUCGCGCGGCGCCAAGUUCAACCUCCACUUCAAGCAGCCCAACUUCCACGGCCGCGCCUUUGUCGACCUGCUCAAGGGCCCCACCGCCAGCAUCGACGCGAUUGUCGGCCACGAGGGCUUCCUCGCUGGUGCCUCGACCGGCUACGACGUCCAGAAGGCCAAGAUCACCGGCUACAGCGCUGCUGUCGGCUACCAGGCCGCUACCUACAGCGCCGCGAUCACCGCGACCGACAACCUGAGCAUCUUCGCCGCCUCCUACUACCAUAAGGUCAAUAGCCAGGUCGAGGCCGGCUCCAAGGCCACCUGGAACUCCAAGAGCGGCAACAACGUCGGCCUCGAGGUCGCUGCCAAGUACCGCCUGGACCCCGUCUCCUUUGUCAAGGCCAAGAUCAACGACCGCGGUGUCGCCGCUGUCGCCUACAACGUCCUCCUCCGCGAGGGUGUGACCCUCGGUGUGGGCGCCUCGUUCGACACCCAGAAGCUCGACCAGGCCACCCACAAGGUCGGCACUAGCUUCACCUUUGAGUCGUAA